GCAGGGACGGUGCAAACAGCCAAAGAAGACACGGUCAAGCCGGGAAACUUUUCCCGGGGCCCUCCCCGGCCCAGGUCUGCUCUGGGUCUGAGAUCCAGAAGCUUGAGGAGGGGCAGAAAUUUGGUGUCUAGAGGAAAGAAAACUGUGAGGAUACCUGCUUUGGAUUGUCUUUGAAACCCAGGAAGUCACCAGAAGAAGUGAGAGCUUCCUCUAGUGCCCGAUGACCCCUCCCACCUCCUCCUGUCUCCAAGAAGGAACCAUGUGUGAGGUCAACAGGACAGCUGAUGCUGCUAAUAAGCCCCAUCUGGUGCCCUUGGUGAUGGUUCUGAGCAGCAUCUCCCUCGUUACAGUGGGGCUUAACCUCCUGGUACUCUAUGCAGUGAGAACAGAGAAGAAACUGCACACUGUGGGCAACCUGUACAUCGUCAGCCUCUCCGUAGCUGAUCUGAUUGUGGGCGCCGCCGUUAUGCCCUUGAAUAUCGUGUACCUCUUUAGGUCCCUAGACCGGCCCCUCUGCCUCUUCUGGCUCUCCAUGGACUAUGUGGCAAGCACCGCUUCCAUCUUUAGUGUCUUUAUUCUUUGCAUCGACCGCUACCGCUCUGUCCAGCAACCUCUCAAGUACCUACGGUAUCGCACGAAGACCAGAGCGAUAGUCACUAUCUUGUUUACCUGGUUUCUGUCCUCCCUGUGGAUCAUCCCUAUUCUGGGAUGGAGAAGCUUUUGGCCAGACACUGACAAGUUCAAUGUGACUGCUGGGGACAAGUGUGAGACAGAUUUCUACAAGGUCACUUGGUUCAAGGUGAUGACUGCCAUCAUCAACUUCUACCUGCCCACCUUGCUGAUGCUCUGGUUCUAUUCCAGGAUUUACAGGGCUGUCCAGCAGCAUUGCCAGCACCGAGAAUUCAUAAACGCAUCCUUCCCAUCUUUCUCAGAUGGCAACAUAAGUCACAAAAAGCACAAGAUCUGCCUCCCAAAGCAGGAGAAAGAUGACAACCAGGAGACUUUGAAAAAGAAGCCAGAAGAUACUCACUAUCACAUGAGUAACAGCAUCCCCACAAAGGUCCGGGACCCAGCAAAGGAGUCACAUCCAGAGAAGAAAACCCCUCAAGGUUUUGAACAAGAGGAUGAGGCAGUGGUGGUCAAAGACCACUACUUCCCUAUUGACAUUGUGCAGCCUCAGACUAGGAUGGAGGAGACGGGAAGAUACAUGUCCAUACACCAGAACCAACCAGACCCCAGGGAGCUGUCCCCAGCCAUUCAAUAUGCCAGUGAAACAUCUGAGGAGACCAUAUUUGCUGAGGCAUUCUCCCACCCAGCAGACUUCAAUGCUAUCACUGAAUCAGCCACAGACAUGCCUGCUGAAGGCCAAGCCAAGACCAAAACAACCUUUGGCCUGGAUUACCUGACAAUGACCUGGAAGAGGCUUCGCUCGCAUUCCAGGCAAUACAUAAAAGGUUUGCAUAUGAACCGGGAGAGGAAAGCUGCCAAACAGCUGGGCUGCAUCAUGGCGGCCUUCAUUGUCUGCUGGAUCCCAUACUUCAUCUUUUUCAUGGUCAUUGCUUAUUGCACAAAAUGCUGCAAUGAGCACGUCCAGAUGUUCACCAUGUGGCUGGGCUACAUCAACUCUACCCUGAACCCCCUCAUUUACCCCCUCUGCAAUGAAAACUUCAAGAAGGCUUUCAAAAAGAUUUUCCACAUUCGCUCCUAAAGGGAAACUUCAAGGGUGGGGUGUAGAGAUGAAAAUGACUUCGAAAGAAGAAAUAAAUGAAGGCAGAAAGACUUCUUGGAUUUCCAGAGUACUCAAACUCUCCAAGGUUUCAAGAAGAGGUGCAUGACUAGAAGUCUUGGAAAUCCCCUAUUCCUCAUUGGAGGUAGCGCAGAUGAGGGGCUGGAAUGGAAUUGGAGUGUAAUUGAAAACAGAGAUUUAAAAGUUUACAGUGUUUCAAGCACAGCCCUGGCUGGGCACCUGACCCCUUCAGGGCUUCUAAGGAGUUCCAGGAUUUUGACUAGGGCUCUGAUAUUUGGGAGGUGGAUUAAAUGCCUUGGUUUCUAUGGGAUCAAAUUGAAGUGGAGAGAUGAGCAGAACCCUAGACGAGCCCUGAGAUGUACAAAGACAGGCUCAGGGCACGACUGGGAUAUAACCACACUGAGUGUUAGUUAAAACAAACGUUCCGGAACUUGUAUAGCUGCACGACAACUGUUGCUUCACCUGGGAAGGCAACACACAUAUCCUCCAGAGGCUGCGAUUACUCAGACAAUUUAGAGACUUCCCUUGGGGAGCUGCUGGAUGACCUCUAAGAUCCCUUCCAGCUUAGAAUCUGUAAUCUUCUUUAACUAGUUUACAAGGCACGCAAAAAAAAAAAAAUUUUUAGUUAGUGGUGUUAUUUUAAAAUCGUAUGUAACUUUCAAUCUUCUCACCCCACACUCACCCCUUCCCCACAUAAAAUACCAGGAUUCCCCAGCUUGGUUCCAGAAUUGACUCCAAAUAGCUUUUGGGUGUUUCCAAAAAUAAAAUCUACCCUCUAAGGAUAAUAAUAAUAAUUGAUGACUCUUCAGCAUUUUAAAGAUUGCAAAGCACUUUACUCAUACUAUCUCACAACAAUUAUUUGAGAAAGGUACUAAAGGUAUUAUUAUUCCCUUUUACACCUGAGGAAGCUGAGGUUAAGUGACUUGCUCAGGGUCAUGCAACUAUAAAUGUCAGAAGCAGAAUUUGAACUCCAGUCUUCCUGACCUCCAAUUCCAGCAUGCUAUCCCUUCUACCACCCUGAUUCUCAAGGAAUGAAGAUUUGUCAACUUUGAAGGGAUCCCAAAGUACCAUGGGCUCAGAAGGGCAUUCCAGAUAAGUCCCCGUGAUAUAUUGAACAAUGGUAGUCUCGCUGCAAUAGGUGUGUAACCUUCCAAGGAGACUAUUUUAACAGGGACAACAAUCCCCUUGAGUGUAUUAGUGCAUCUGUUUUUUUAAAAAAAAUCCUAUCAUAUUAUACUAUAUUCCUUUCAGUCAGUCAGUGAGUCAGUAAAUGAGCAUUAUUAAAUGCCUAUGUGCCAGACACUGUGCUAAGUGCUGGAGGUUCAAAGAAAGGCAUAUGACAGUUCCCUGCUCACAUAGGAAAGAUAAAAUGCAAAUAAUGAUAUAAAAAGAAGCCGUAUACAGGAUAAAUGGGAGAUAAUCAACAGAGGAAAGGCGCUAAAAUCGAUGAAGAUUGGAAAAGGUUUCCUGUAGAAGGUGAGAUUCUAACUGGAACUUAAAAGCAAGCCAGGAGGCAGAGAUAAGGAGGGAGAGCAUUGCUGGCAUAGGGGAUGGCCAGAGCCUGGAGCCAAGACAUGGUUUUGUAGCAAUGCCUCCCACAAAGAAACAUAGCAUUACAGAUUUAGAGCUGAAAAGGACCUGGAUUAUCUAAUCCAACCCCAUUAUUUUACAGAUGAGGAAACUGAGACUCAGAUUGGUAAAAUGAUUUGCCCCAUGCCACACUGGUAAUAAGCAGUAGAACCCAGAUUCAAAUCUAAGUCCAUCAUUCCAGUAAAGCAAUGACUACAUGCAAGAGUGAUAGAGUGGUUAAAUCAAAUCCAGGUUCUCUCUCUUAAUGGCUAGCUACCAUUUAUAUCAUGCUUUAAGAUCUGCAAAGCAAUUUAUAUGUUAUCUCACACAAUCCUUAAAAAACAAUCCUGCAAGGUUGAUGCUGUUAUUAUCUCAUUUUACAGGUGAGGAAACUGAGAUUUAGAGAGGUGACUUAACUAAGAUCACAUUGGUAGUAAUUGGCUGAAGCAGGAUCUGAAUUCAGGACUUCUUGUCUUGAAGUCUGGCACUCCAUCCACUAUAUCAUUUAACCUCUU